CGCCCACGAGGGCAACCAAAUAAACGUCUUUGCCAUCUCUUCAUUCCUGUCAACCGGGUCAGCCGUGAUUAUCCAGCAGCACUAGGCUUGAAACCAAUUAACACUCUAUUAAUAGAGCGAAUACUAUCCAAGUGAAGUGGACACAUGCCGUCUGCGUCUGGAGAGUUCGGCAAUGGCGAUGCAGCCCCGACUCACGAGGAGGUCAAGACCGCCAUUGACCAGGCCACCGCAAAAAUGGAGAGCAUGAUGACGGAAAAGUUAGGGACCGUCAUGGAAGCCCUGCCUCGGAUAGUGCCCGAGACACCGCCCGCUGGAAGUACGACCGGAGCGGGCGGCGGGGGAGAGUCACGGGGGGGAAGGCACGCCCCUCCCGGCGCUAGUCGUGUGGAUCAAGCGCCGAUCACCGGACAGGGGCUCGAGGGAGAACGAAGACUGCCGGACACAUCCCCGCAAGGACCCACGCUGCCGUCUGCGGGGGACGUGUCGCGCGAAAGUGCAACCAGUGACCCGCCGGCACGGCACGACCCAACCAUGAAGGCCCGGAUCCCACGCCUCAAGCAGCUAAUCUUCGAUGGCCAAGGAAUGAACUGGCUAAUGUUCAAGAACGACUUCAUGGCGCAGGUGCAAACGUGCAGAAUGAUGCAUGCUCUGAACGAUAGCCGAGACAUUGAGAUCCAAGGGAUGNAGUCGUGUGGAUCAAGCGCCGAUCACCGGACAGGGGCUCGAGGGAGAACGAGGACUGCCGGACACAGCCCCGCAAGGACCCACGCUGCCGCCCGGAUCCCACGCCUCAAGCAGCUAAUCUUCGAUGGCCAAGGAAUGAACUGGCUAAUGUUCAAGAACGACUUCAUGGCGCAGACGAUUAAGGCGCGUGAGUGGGAGCUCGGCCUGAUUACUGAGGCUCAGAGGUGCAAAGAGAGCAAAACGGUCGAACCCCCGUUCCUGGGAUACAGGCUGUUUCGAAGUGUGUGCGGAGAGUUCCUGGGCUGCUUGCUCUUCCUGUUCAUGGCAAUCACGGUCGCCCGACUGGCGGGAAACAGAGAAGACGGUGACGCCGCGGCGGAGCAGUCAGCGGCUAUCUUCAUGAUAUCUUCCGCCUUCGGUCUAUCGAUCUUCGUGCUUGUCUACAUAUUUGCGGACGUUUCCGGCGCCCACCUCAACCCGGCGGUAUCUAUGAGUCUCCUUGUCGGGAAACGGAUUUCAAUUGAGCGGUUCGGACUCUACGUUGUAGCUCAGAUGGCAGGCGGUGUUAUUGGAGCGUCAAUGGCCAACUCUUUUCCCAGCACAACCGGCGGCGGUUUUAACGCAAUCGCGGACGGUGUUUCGGCUAUCGAGGCUUUCGGUGCUGAAGUUCUGUGCACCUUCCUGCUGGUAGUAACGGUCUUUACCGCCUGCGACGGUGAGCUCGGUCGCAAGAACGCCCACACCGGGCCCCUCCUCCCGCUCGUCAUCGGGAUGGCCGUCUUGAUCGCUCACCUGGUGCUGAUUCCCAUUGACGGGUGUUCCAUAAACCCGGCUCGCUCGUUCGCCACCGCCGUGAUCAACAAUAAGUGGGACGACCAUUGGGUAUUCUGGGUUGGUCCCCUCCUCGGCGGUGUCCUCGGGACAGCCACCUGGGAGGCCAUCCUUCGCCCCGACCAGACGGUCGACGAUGAACACGAGGUGUUCCUGGACAUGAAGAAGGAAGAGUUGGGCACCGAUGCCUAACACUCAUCGGGCGUUCAUCUAAACACAGAAUAUUUUUCAGACGGAUGCGGCGAAAAUUAGGACGCACCUUGCUAUUCGAAGAACUGCGGUGUGUCCGUACAUGCUAUAUUGUUGAAUGGUGUAGAGCUUAAGAACAUUUUUUUCGCCGAAACGAGUUUCUUCGCUGAACGCACGGAGCACGGUUGCUAGCGGGGGUAAGGGGGGUCCGCUCAGAGUUGUGGUUUUGGAUAUUAUUAAUUUCAUUCAUUGCGGGACCGAGUCUACACCUUUCGAAUUGUUUGAGGCACCAGCCAGGGUCACACAGGAUUGUCUUCCUUUCCUCCAGUGGUGCUAGCCUGCAAUUCUUAGCGCAAAAAGGGCUCGGCAGUGACACUGGUCUUGGUCAGAGGAGGGUGGAUUCUCACGUAUGACUGUACACUCGAGAAGUACGCUGAUGAUAUCAAGAUGGUGUGGCGAGGACGUUUCCCUGCGAUGACUGUCCUGCGUCGAAUGCAGACGGCGGGACCCGAGCACCGCGCUAGCGAAGGCUACCAACGGCUCGGUGAAGAGUAUGAACACCUUUAUCUGUUCCAGUGGCACUCUGUGGGUUUUAACCGGCUUGCAGUAAAUCCUAUCGACCCUGACGGCCUGACGCAAGGAACGCACUGCUUCAUGGACCGAGGUACCGGAGCCGCAGGUGGACACGCCUGGGCCUCGCCUGCUUCCGCUGCAGAGGAAGACGCCCUGGAUUCCAGCGUUCCAGCGCCAACAGCAAGGCGACGACAAGGAAGAAAAGGAGGCGCAAACAAAGGGACAGAAAUUCUGUGGAAAACGAGUUUUCGGAUGAGAUGCGUGCUCUGGACGCCGGGGACGAACCGAUGACGAGAUCCUCGUGGCACUUUCAUCCCCUGAAAGAUAUUCCCCGUCGGGGGGCUCGGAGCCUGUGCCGAUUGUUCUUCGAAUAGGGAUGGGUUGGCUAGAAACGGCCAUCGCGCAACAGGCUCAACCGCGCACGCCACACCUGCCUGUACUCUACGGCUUCACAGCUUCCUCGACAGCGAAGACACAAAAUGUGGCGUGAAACACGCUAUCAGUGACCGAGACCUCGACCGAGGGGUCUUGGGCUCCGAUAGUACAUCUUGGGACAACAAGAUGGUGCUCCCUGGAUGCCUAGGAGGGGCAAUAUGAGAAGGAGGGAGGGGCACAAGCUGAGGGGGGGGGUGGUAUCCCAGGAGGUUAGGGGAACGAGAGCAGCUGGGGGGGACGAUUUGGUGUGCUGAAUCGCUGAAAAUGAUUCUGAAGAGAGCAGGAACGCACAGAGAACACCGAGGAACGGGGGGGGGGUACUUGAACAGGAGCUAUACAUACGUUGAAGGGUGUAUUCAACUAAGAAGUUGCUGCGCCGGAAUUAGAGAUGGGGGACAGGAAACGCAAGCAAGCGAGGAUUGCGUAUGUAUGCAAGGACAUGUUGUUGUUGGAGUACAAUGACUGAUGAUGCCGUGUACGAAGAAGGAGUUUGUGCGGAGAAUCAAACAUUGAUAGUCAAAUUUCCUGUAUAGACUACUCUACGCGUAUAGGUGAGGGUGGGUGAAUUCAUGCAACGAACCUUGGACUCCACAACAAGCCAAUAUGGUGACAAUUCCGCACAAUAGCCACGGAGUUCUCUGUUUUAUCGUGGCGGCCUUGCACCAAUGACAGCAAGGAGGGGGUAGAGGAGGGAAGUUUGCAGGGGAGUCUACUGUACAGGGAGGGGUGGAAGUGUUGUGCCCAUGUGGUGAACCCCGACCCCUACACAUACAUGCAUGAUGACGAUUCGGCACAAUCGCCACGGAGAUGGCCUUGCACCAAUGGGAGGGUGGAAGAGGGGAAAUUGCAA